AGCUCAAACAGCAUUCAAAUCCCAGUUACAACCAUUUCAUUAGCUUGAGAAGGACAAUACAACAUGCCGCAGACUAUUCAUCUCGUGCGUCACGGCCAAGCCGUUCACAACCUAGGCGAAGCAAACUUAGUUCUGCCCGACACCGAUCUGACACCUCUGGGAGAAGAGCAAGCAAGAGGCCUGCUAUCCAAGUUCCCUGGGCUUGCCAAUGUUGACCUGAUCGUGUCAUCGCCACUGCGACGCACGCUCCAAACGACCCUGCUAGCGUUUCCCACUCAACUCGAGCGCGGGUUACAGAUUGUGGCCUUACCAGAAGUACAAGAAGUCAGCGAUUUGAACUGUGACACCGGCAGUGAUCUCUCUGCGAUAAAGGCAGAGUUCGAACAUCAACCGGUUGACUUCGGUCUGGUCGAGCCAGGUUGGCAAAUCAAGGAAGGAAAAUGGGCACCCGCCAUAGGGAGUCUCAUAAAAAGGGCCGAGGUAGCACGGCAAUGGCUGAGCGAAAGGCCUGAGAGAGAAAUCGUGGUCGUUUCCCAUGGAGGCUUUCUACAUUUCCUCACGGACGACUGGGUGAACGUUAUUAAUCCAGAUGGCACGGAUUGGGCCAAUGCAGAGGUUCGCUCUUAUACGAUUUCGCAUGACGAGGAUGAAGGACCAAUUUUAUAUGAGACCAGGGAGUCUAGAGAGAAGCGUGGAGUAGAGCCAGUUCCUCCGACCAGAGAAGAACAACUGGAGAUGCGACAGGCUGCUUUGAAGGCAGGGCUUGAAUGCGGUCUCAUACGGCCCUGACAGAUUUCUUGUUCCUAGCAUAGGUUCUGUAGCAAGAAGAAAGCAGUUCUCAAACAUGGGCCACCAUUUUCUUUGAGCCCAGCUAUAGUGAAAUAUUCAAUUCAUGAUAUCCGAGAUAAAAUGCUACCAGCAUAAUCCAUUAUGUGGAUG